UUCGUAUCAAAACUCACCUCUUGACUUUCGAGCUUGCAUUCGUCUAUUGUAUUCUUAGAAAUUUUCUUACUCUUUCCUUCAUUUUCUCGGGGAAAAAAUGUCUUCAGGAUGCAGUUGUGGCUCAGGCUGCAAAUGUGGCGAUAACUGCUCUUGCAGAUGCAGCAGGAACCUUAACCAAGGAUACUUGGAGAAGACUACCGGUGCUGAGAACAUCAUCUCCGGUGUUGCGCCGGUGAAGAUCAACUUUGAAGUGUCGGAGAUAAGCGCUGAAUCAGGACACGGAUGCAAGUGUGGAUCGAACUGCACGUGCGAUCCAUGCAACUGUUAGCUGAUGAAGCCAUAGAUAAAAGCAGCAGAUAAUAUUCGGGAUGGAAGGAGGGUCAUAUCUCAUCGUUUGUGUGUGUAUCUUUAUGUUU